CCUUCCGUUAUCACCACAAACCCUAGACACACAACGCUUCCUUAUAAAUACUCACUCAUAUUCCACACUUCAUCAUCAUCAACACAGCAACAAUGGCUGUGCCGAUCCUCACAAAGAAGAUCGUUAAGAAAAGGGUCAAGAAAUUCAUUAGACCCCAAAGCGAUCGCAAGAUCUGUGUAAAGGAAAAUUGGCGUAGACCCAAGGGUAUAGAUUCUCGUGUUAGGAGAAAGUUUAAAGGAUGUACUUUGAUGCCAAAUAUUGGUUAUGGGUCUGACAAGAAGACUAGGCAUUAUCUUCCAAAUGGUUUCAAGAAAUUUCUUGUUAGUAAUGUUAAUGAUUUGGAGUUGCUUAUGAUGCACAAUAGGACUUAUUGUGCUGAAAUUGCACACAAUGUAUCUACAAGAAAGAGGAAGGAUAUAGUAGAGAGAGCUGCACAACUUGAUGUUGUUGUAACAAACAAAUUAGCUAGACUAAGAAGCCAAGAGGAUGAAUAGUUUUGUAGUGAUCUUUUAGGAGUUUUUUAUAUUGGUUUAUACUUUCGGAUGAUAUGAUAUUUUUGUUCUAAAAUGAUGUACAAACAUUCUAUAUAACCCUAGUCUAUAGAGAAUACUUGUUACA